AUUAAACUAACCUGAGAACAGGAAAUCCAUGAAAAAUUCAUACAAACUAGCAAAAAAUAGAGUUUGUUACCAAGUUUUAGAUGUUGAUAUGGAUGCAAAAGAAAAAGGAACCAAAUCUGUUAUAUACAAUUGCCAUAGUAGUUAAUAGUAUAAUCUUAGACAAAAGGGAUAAAAAAGUCAACGUAAAUAUUUGCUCUUAACAGGUUUUUAGCAUGAUUAAAAAAGAGGUUUAAAAAU